CGCCCAAGUCACGUGACACAGAUUCCAUUCGCACGCUUGUUUCCUCGAGCACGAGCAGCGUCCGUCAACUCGAGCGCUGGCCGAACGGAGGUGAACAUGGCCGAAGUGUCGGAGAGGACGUUACAUGUCGCUUUAGUCGUUUCGUUUGCGGCUGGUUUCAUCGCCGGCUGGCAGGCAAACCGAAUGCGAAGAAGGUUCUUGGACUGGCGGAAAAAGAGGUUACAAGACAAGCUCGCAGAAACACAAAAAAAGCUAGACCUGUCAUGAUCACGAAGCCGACUUUCUAGUGCCUCGGUCAUCGGUCAAUACUAAAGUUAUAGUAUUCCUGACUUCACAAACAGAACGAGG